AGAAUCCAAUAUAUCCGCACCAUGGCAGACUUGGGUGAAAUGAUGUCGCAGUUCUCAGCCCUGAUGUACAAAAACAUGAAGCUCUAUCAAAGAUCCAUCAUUGUGACUCUACUAGAAAUUGGUUUUACGGUGCUGAAUGCGAUGGUUAUUGUCUCCUUUGAUGCGGAGAGUCCCAAGGAGAUGUUGGCCCAUGACGUAGCAUUGGGCAAGAAAGAUUCACUGUUUCUCGUGCCGGACAUUGAAGCCAUCAACAUUUCUUACAGCGCUGACCUUGACCCUUCGUUCAAUUCAACCAGUGUCAAACUACUCCCGAGCCUGGAAAUGUUGGAGGAAAACUUGCACCUGGGCAGGAUGACCUGGUUUUUCAACCGCGCAAUCAACUUGAUCAAGUUUGAGAUGACCGGCGAUCAAAUUCCGCUUGACUGGAACUACAAGGUGGUCCUCUUUGAGGAGGUGCCAACGAACUCGAUCUUCGGCAACAGUUACAACUAUUCACGUAUCGGCUUGACCUACUGCCAAGUCGUGGCCACAAAGCUGUGCCUCAACUACUGGAAACAGAAGUUAAACCUGAACCUCGACACCCGGAUCCCCAUCAAAACGCAGCCCAUGCCCAACAUAGAGAGCAAGUUUUUCAAGUUUGGCAUGCGCCUGCAUUACCUGGACAGCGUGCCCUGGACAUUUUGUUUGUUCACCAUCGUCUCUACCAUGGUCAUCUCUAAUGAGAGGAUAGCAAAUAUAAAGUCUACUUUGAAGAAGCUCGGACUUGGCCCACUGGUGUACUGGGGCUCCUGGUUUUGCUCGCGUAUGGCCGUAGGUCUCCUCAUCGCCACAUGCGUCUCGCUGAUCGCCCUACGUCAGACGGAGAUUGGGUUGGUCCUGCACGUCUACAGGCCCUUGGUGUUCCCCCUCUUUCUGCUGUUUGCCGUCAACAGUUUUACCUUCUCGGCGCUCAUGGCGUGCGUCGUUCCGAGCGAAAUAAAAGUGUUCUCCCUCGUCUUCGUGGGUUACACGUAUUUUGCCUGCAACUACCUGUCCAAUUUCCUCCUGUCUGGAAGCCAUCCCCACCCCCGCCCCUUGGUUGGCGCCCUGGUCUACUCACACGGUGCUAGACUUUGCUUUGAUGCCUUUUUCUGGAAGGAAAUGUACUACGACACAGCGAAAGAUACAAGUCAAUACGACUUGGAGAUUGUGGAGGGAUCAGUUUACAUGAUUGUAAACAGUCUGCUCAACUGCUUGAUUGUGGUGCUGAUUGAGGUGACAAGCGAUGAUGAGAAGAGCCUCUUGCAGCGGAUCUUUAAGAAACACAACUCUGAAGUGCACGACGUAUCGCACACAAAUUUCCCACCUCAAAAUAAAAAAUUGUUUGAAGACCCGCCCACUGAUUCUACUUCUGGAAUCGUUAUUCGAGAUCUGGUCAAGAUGUAUGGUGCUGAUAUGGUCGUGUCUGGCAUCAACCUGGAAAUCUACAAGAAUCAGAUCACGAUGCUGCUGGGUCACAACGGCGCGGGGAAAACAACAACAAUUUCAAUGAUCCUAGGUCUGACUUCAAUCACGCACGGUAAGGUCACAAUCAACGGAUGUGACGUCACUAGUGACAUCUCCGCCAUGAAGAGGACUCUGGGACUCUGUCCGCAGGUGGAUCUGUUUUUCCCCAAACUGACGGUAUAUGAGCACCUAGUCUUCUAUUCCAUGAUGCGCAAAUCUACACUUAAAAAGACAGAAGCCAUGGAGCUACUCAACGUGCUAGGUAUUGGAGACAGGGCUAAUGUGUAUCCACGCAAUCUGUCGGGAGGGGAGAAACGUAAAGUCUCAAUAGCGUGCGCCUUCGUCGGGAACACUCAGACGAUUUUCCUUGACGAACCAUCCAGCGGCCUUGACCCCAGUGCCAGACAAGACCUGUGGAAGGCCUUGAAGACCUGGCGCUCGGGUCGGACUAUUUUAAUGACGACACACUUCAUGGACGAGGCGGAGAAUCUCAGCGACAGAAUCGCCAUCUUGGAAAAUGGCGCCAUCAAAUGCUGUGGCACCCCAGCGUUUUUGAAGAAAGUAUACGGACUAAACUACAAACUGAUGAUUGUAAAGGAAGAAAACUGUGUGGAGAUGGAUGUGGUUAAUCACGUCAAAGCCAACAUGAAAUCUGCAACUUUUCAGUCUUCAAAUAGAUCAGAGAUGGCAUUCACUUUGCCUGAAAGUCUGGUCAGUGAAUACCCAAAGCUGCUAGAAUGUUUAGAAGAAAACAUGGCGGUAUUGAACAUAAAGUCCUUUGGUUUAUCGGCGGCUUCAAUGGAGGAUGUUUUUUUCAGGAGUCAAGUAGAUGUAGAGGAGCAGAAUGUAACACCGCCCUCAUCUCCCAUAUUGCCGGGGACUCCAGUUGAUGAAGACGACGCCUCAGCUGUUGAUAAAGUGACAAGUCAGAUCCCUACAGUUCCCAGUAACGUGCCCGUCAGUGCACAAGAGGCUGACGUCCAUGUCAAAUUCGACUCAAAGGAAGCUGAUCUUAAACGCAUCAUCCAGCUAAAGAAAGAAUCCUUCAUUGAGAAAUUAUCGCUCCAAUUUUAUGCGCUUUUCGUUAAACGGUGGAUCCUUUUCAAAAGACGCAUCAUAUCCGUCGUCCUAACAAUGUUGACCAAUCAGUUUUUAAUCGCCUUUCACGUGUGGCAGUCCUAUCAGGUGCAGCCAGUCCCUCCCCUAGCCUUCACGACCCAGGGGUACAAAAACAUGACCGUCAUGAUGGGUGCACCCGAAGACCCUGGGGCAAUGAAAAUCUACAACAGUCUCAAAGAACUCCUGAGGCCGAAUUUUCACGUUGUGGAGCCGGAUAAGUCUUUGAGUUUUGAGGCGAAUUUAAAGGAAUGGGGUCGAGUGAAUUCAUUGGAAAAAUACCAACACAAUUUGAUGAUGGGUUUUGAAAUCAAGCCUCCCCCAGACUUCAGUGUCGUCCAUUUUCAGAGUUCGUUUGUUCACAGUGAGGCUAUUGGGGUAGAUCUACUGCUAAACGCACACGUUCGAGCCUUUCUCGGAAGUGAGUACUCAAUCCAAAGUGGAGUCUACCCCCACGAGUCGUUCAUCAAUGACGUCUUGGUUCAAUUUCGCAGCCUUCUAAUGUUAAUAGUGGGGAUGAUUUUCGUGCAAACUCUGCUCCUAUGCUGGCAAAUUACUGAACGGGCAUCCGGAUCAAAGCAACUUCAAAUCCUCAGCGGCGUUCCCUUUUCGCUGUGCCUGUCUGUAGAUGCCAUCUUCGAUACCCUAGUAUUGACAGGGUACGCCGCUGUAAUUUGGGCGUCCCUCUUCACACAGAAGUCGGCUGCAUACCUAAGCGACCGGCUCGUGCUUCUCAUCUUCAUACAGCUCCUGGCUUUCGGGAGCAUCAUCCCAUUUGUGUACACGUUUCAGAUCUUCUUCAGCACUGCCUCCAUUGGCUGUUUCGUCUUCAUUGUGUACAACUAUGCUAUCGUAUUUCUGUACCUGAUAUACAGCAGACUAGAGAUUUUGAAGAUUUUCACCCCCAAUGUGAUGUACAUGGAUAAAACUACUAUGGUCUUUUUACUCUAUCUAGGAGAAGAUAUUUUAAAAGAGAUGAUAGAACAAGCGGAAUUUUUCACAAAAUACGCUAUGAUGUGUGGCUUGAUAAUGUACUUAUUUGAAUAUCUCCGGAUUUUGGGAGUAAGUUUUAAGAAUAUACCCGCUCUACAUAGACUGUGCCGGAGCUCACUUGGUAGUCAGACAAACAUUCUAAGUGACGAUGAUGUUGUAUCUGAACAGAAUCGCAUCCUUAAGAAUUCGAGAGAGCUGAGAGAUCAGGUCAUUCUAAGAAACGUAAGACACCGAUAUAUAGCAGGAAGGCUUGCAGUAACAGCACUUGAAGGUACGAGUCUAGGGAUUUCAAACAAUGAAUGUUUUGGGUUGCUGGGACAAAAUGGAGCAGGGAAAUCAACGACCUUCAAAAUACUGAUCGGGGAGAUCUGGAGUCGUUAUCGAUCGGUUUUGAUCGAUGAUCUUACUUUUAUAAUCAAUCAAUUAAAGAUCUAUACACUGAUUGGUUACUGCCCACAAAGUGAUUACCUCCACGAAGAGCUCACUGUUAGAGAGUCUCUGAGUUUAUACGGUCGUCUAAGAGGUUACUCCGGCAACAAUCUGAAAACGGUGAUCGACUACAUGUUAAAAGCGGUAUUGCUGGAACCAUAUGCUGACAAACAGGCUAAAAUAUUGAGCUCUGGCACUAAACGCAAAUUAUCCAUUGCGAUCGCGGUGAUGGGCAACCCCAAAUUUUUGCUGCUCGACGAACCGACGACAGGAAUGGACAUUGUGGCCAAACGUGCCGUCUGGGACUUGCUGAAGACGAUGCGAUCUCUCGGCUCUACCCAGAUCCUGACGUCACAUAGCAUGGAGGAGUGCGAGACGCUGUGCACGCGACUGACCAUCAUGUCCAAAGGCAGACUCCUCUGUCUGGGCAGCCCCCAGCACCUCAAGACGAAAUACGCCCAGGGUUUUACCAUCACUGUACACCUGAAGCCUGAGUCUGGAUUCACCGUGGAUGACGUCAUCAAACACCUGAAGGGCAUCUUUCCUCAGGCCGAGGUAUUCAGCCAAAUGGAUCUGUACCUCCACCUGCAAGUGCCUGCUGGAAUCGUUCCCCUGUCUGCCCUGUUUGACAAGAUGGAGACCGCUAAAAAGGAUCUCGACCUAGAGCACUACACCAUUCAGCAAACCACCUUAGAACAAGUGUUUCUCAUGUUCAUGCACAAAACCAAGGCUUAG